AUGAGCAAACCAUGGAUUUUUGUCUCGCCUUCAACCAGAGGUAUUGGCUAUGCUCUUACUCGCCAUCUCCUCCAAAAGACGUCCCUUCCUAUUCUCGCAACGGCCCGUCUCCGCCACGACCCAGAAGAUGUAAAAAAAUCACUCCUCGAGGGCUUCCCCGAGAAAGACAAUCUUGCCAGACGCCUCUCAAUAGUCCAUGCAGAUGUCACAGACGACAAAUCUCUAAGCGACGCUGCAUCGAGGGCCGCGGAGUUGUUCCCUACCGACAAACAUCACCUUCGUCUUGCAUGCGCCGUCCCCGGUAUUCUUAAACCCGAGAAGAACCCUAGUCAAAUCGACGCCGAUGCCAGUCUGGAGCAGUUCCGCGUCAACACAGUUGGCCCCCUUCUUCUCAUCAAGCACUUUGAUCAAUUCCUCCCCAGACGCUCCACCAAGCUAGAACAGAGUCCGGAGAGUGACGAGGUCAGGAUGCCACCACACUCUGUAUGGCUCACCAUGGCUGCUCGCGUGGGUUCUAUAUCGGACAACAGAGCUGGAGGUUGGUUCUCGUACCGAGCAAGCAAAGCAGGCGUCAUCAGUGUGGGCAAAAGUUACGAUAUUUUCUUAAAGGGGCGAAGUGGUGACAGGGCAAUUUCUAUUGCUUAUCACCCAGGAACAGUCAAGACGGAUCUGAGCAAAGACUUCUGGAGUAGCACCAAAGCAGAUAGGCUAUUCAACCCAGAGUUUGCGGUAGACAGGCUUGUUAGUGUUGCGACAGACACGACACUGGAUGGACGAGGGAAAUGCUGGGAUUGGGACCACAAGGAGAUUCUCCCAUAG